AUGAGUGAUACAGAAUUUUUACAUAAAGCAAUUGAUAAUGCAAAAAAUUUUGAAAAUUUUUCCGAUGUACUUAUGGCAGUUAGUCUUCAUCCAGAAUGGUUAACUAUGAUACCGGAAGAUCGACGAUGGGCAAUUUUACAUCAAAUUAUACUCUCUGGUAAUGUUAAUAAUUUAGAUCAAUUACUUGCUUUACAAAAAUCUAAUAAAAAAUUUCGUUUAUUAACUAAUACACGUGAUAAUCAAACAAUAUUAAAUAUUGCUUCAUUACGUAAUGAUAUACCAGAUAUGAUAAAACGUCUUCAACAACUUAUUAAACUUGAUGAAAUGCUUAAUUAUGCUAAAGAUUGUGAAUGGGAUAAAUGUUAUGAUAUAGCUAAAGAAAAUCCAAAUUUUAUUAAUGAAAAACCACCAUAUCGUCGUUAUUAUUUAAUUCAUCAUAUGGCAUGUGCAAAUGCUAUUGAACAAUUUGAACGUUUUAAACAAAUAAAAAAUUGUAUAUUCAAUUUAAAUUUACGAGCUGAUAGAAAAAAAAUUAAUGAAAUUGCUCGAGAAGAACAUCAAUCAAAAUUUGCUGAAUAUAUUGAAAAACAUUAUCCAAGUUUAUUAGAUAAAGAUGAUUCUAUUUAUGAUGAAUUAUAUACACCAACUGAAGAAGCUAAAAAACGUACACAUAUGAUCAAUACUAUGAUGGAUCAACGAUGUAUAGUUAAAGAUUUAGAUAAAGAUCUUAUGGGUGAACCAAUAAAACUUAAAAGUCGAACUGAAGUAAUGUUACAUAUUAAUGAAAUACGAACUCAACAAGAAAAUGAAUUAAAAGAAAAAAGUAAACAAGCUUCAAAAGUUGAAGAAGAUGGACGUACAGAAAUGAUGAUUGAUACUCUUACAUGUCCUCUUACACUUGCUAUAUUUGUAGAUCCAGUGGUUGCUGCUGAUGGAUUUACAUAUGAACGUUCAGCAAUAACAACUUGGCUUAAAAAUAAUGAUCGUUCACCAAUGACAAAUCAAAAACUUCCUAAUAAAGAUUUGAGUCCAAAUACAGUAGUUAAACAAAUUAUUAAUGCUCUUCAUCUUACAGCUUGA